CUGCGCGAUAGCUAUUUGAAGUUAUUUGCCAUCACCAGCAACUGCUGCUGUUUACAGUUUUUUAGGCGAAAAAUCGCUUAAAAAGGACAUUUAAAGCUAUAGAGGAGUGUGCUUAGGACACGCUUUGUGCUAUUGAGGGUCAACGCCAUUAACAACAGAUACAAACUGCGCGGUGUGAGCUACAGGGACACGCUGGUGUGUUACGCUCGAAGCUGCACUUGAAGGUGAAGGACAACAAAGGAGGCAAGGACAGGACGCCACACACAAUGGCCACGUGCAAUCGCAAUCUGAAUGAUAGCUGUGACAAUGCAACAUCUACAACAUGCCAUACCAAAUGCGAUCCCCCUACCCUCAGCCUCAAUGUCCUGCCCGACGAAAUUCUCGAGUUCAUCUUCACCUAUUUGCCACCCUAUGGCGAUCUUGAGCAUUGUAGCCUCGUCUGCAAGCGCUGGCAACUGAUUGUGAAAAAUCUGGUACGGCGUUCGCAGCUAAAUUUAGAAAAAGGCUUGGCAGACUUUCGACUUCGAUGGGAGAUCUACUCACAACAAACAGCUGCUUCCUUGGAGGCAAACAGUCCUCGUUUGUCAACGGGCACGCCUAUGCCCAUUAUAGCAGGACGCUUUGCUCACUCAACUGUGCGACUGGGCAACUCGAUGUUUGUGUUUGGCGGCGGCUCGUCGUCGGACACGACCUUCAAUGAUCUUUGGCGAUUCGACUUAACGCACAUGCGCUGGUCGCGUCCCCUGGCCACGGGCACAUAUCCCUCGCCCAAGGGAAGCGCCUCCAUGGUGGCCUGGCGUGACAAACUGGUGCUGUUUGGCGGCUGGCGUUAUCCUUCAUUACACCCACCCUAUCAACCAUGGUGCCUGUUCGAUGAGCUUCACUACUACGAUCUUGUUAAGGAUCGUUGGCUUGCCCGGAAUUCGCUGCCCUGCCCCCCGCCUAUGGCCGGGCACUCGGCUAGUGUACAUGGCAAUUGCAUGGUUGUGUUUGGCGGCUAUCAGAUAAAGGAUGAUAUAAAUGUGAACUCCAAUGAUACCUGGGUGCUGGAUCUGGUUGAGCAGCGCUGGUGGCAGCCCAUAUUUGUUGGAAACACGCGGCCCUCGCCGCGUUACGGUCAAAUACAGGUGGAGCUGGACAAGAAUCAUCUGCUUAUCGUUGGCGGCUGCGGUGGCGCCAAUCGAGUUUACACGGAUGCCUGGCUUCUGGACAUGUCGCGUGAUGCAUGGAGCUGGAAGCAGCUGAACGUACGCAACAAACACUUUGGCGCUGUCCACAUGUGGUGUAAUCCCGGGUGCAGAGUCAAUAAUUUUCUGGUUGUAGUGGGCCCUUCGCCCAAAAUGCCUUUGGAUUUUCAAAUCAUGAAGCAGAGUCGCGUGCCCGUUGUUGGUGGCAGUGCGUUGCGUUUCGGUGGACUGGGUCAAGCGCCAGCGCCGCCUCCGCCACUCUACCAACAACAACAGCUGCAGCAGCACCAGCAUCCUGGUCAGCGUGCUCCGCUACCAGAGCGUAGACCCGGAGCUCUGUUGCCGGAGCAACAACAUCGUGGCAAUGGACGCUUUGGUGCUGCCGCCUUGCCACCGCAGGAACAGUACCUGGCGAACAGGCGGGCUAUAUUAGACCAGAAUAUGCAGCAGGCGCAACAAUUUAUGCACAACAACAAUGUCAACAAUAACAACAACAAUAACUAUCAGCCGCGAUCCGGUCGUCUAAGCGACUUGCAUUCACCGCCUGCAGCGGCAGCUGCCGCAGCACCAGCGGCUUCUCCUUCUGCAGCGGAUGGAGACGCGGAUGCAGCACAGAGAUUGCAACGUAACCUGGCCCUACGCUGCCGCGACAACGAGCCACUGCUGCCCAAACGCUUUGACGAGCACUACGAGGACCCCUUUCGGAUGGCCGCCUUUAAUGUGCCAGGUCGUUCGCGCAGCGCUUCGCGGGAUCAUAGCGAGCGCAUACGUCGCAUGGAAGAGAAAAUGAAUGCCAUACGGAAUUCGCGGCGCAACGCCCCCGCCCAUGUAGAGCCACAGAAGUUGCGCGCGCCCUCUCCCAAGCGUGUCCGUUGCAAUGUCCAGUCGCUGUUUGUGUGCGACAUCUCCAGCCUGUUGCAGCGUGAUGCGAACAAUGAGCCAGGCCUGGAUUGGGUCGAAUACAAGAAUUUUGGUGUGUUGAGCGGAGCGCCCGAUCGAUUAAUAUUGUCCAGCCUAAUAGCAGGCAACGGAGAGCUGAUCCUAUUUGGAGGCGUUCACAAGGAGACGUUGACGGACAUCACGCACCAUGUGUCCAAUUCCAUACACUUUCUGAGUGUACCACGUGAUAUUAUCUAAGCGCUGGCACGAGCCAUACCCCCACACACAUGCACUAACACACAAACACCCACACAUUGCACAGAGCAUAUUUAGCUAUAUAUGUAUGAUCCUAAGCUAUUGCUAUCCUUGAAAUCUGCGUACAACUUUUGACGUAACUGCAUCUUUCAUAUCCUUUAAAUUAGUUUCCUGCGUUUAGACAUUAAAUUUGAGUUAACAUGUAAUAUAUUAUAAUUAAUGCGCAUGAUUAAACAGGAUGAACCUCGUAUAUAUGUAUGUAUGUAUAUAGAGUCGAGUUCUGUUCACAUCUAUUUGUGGCAUGUGUUUCGGGGCAGCAAGCGUAACGAGUACGGCAGAGCACACACGCGCUCACCAGUCGAGGGACCGGCCCCCAUCCACUGUCGAUUUCAUAUACCAGUUUGUACAGCCAAUUGCCAAAGUUAAAAGCCAUGGCAAAGCAUCUGCCUUCGGCAGGUAGAAAUAUAACGAAUGGUGACGCGUGUAGUCAAGCCGAAUUAUGAAUGCUGUUACAACUUAUUUUGACUAAUAGAUAAAUAUGUAAUAAAACAAAAAAAUACGAAUU